CGCUCAGGUUCUAAGUCGAAAGUCAGUAGUUGAAGUCCACAAUCACGGCAUAAAUUUAGUGGGGGUCCCACCUGCGUGCCUAUCACUCUUACGUUCUCUAUACUCUUGAGGACACCCCUAAAUGAAAAAUAAUAUGUCGCCUUCGAUGUCCCCUCGCUUUUUCUCAGAAAAGGAGAUAGCCACGCAUUGCACCAAGGAUUCGUGCUGGGUGUUGUUAGGGACGCGGGUGUACGAUGUGACGGGGUUCCUACGGAUGCACCCGGGCGGUGAGGCGCUUAUUCUCCGCCGCUCAGGCAAGGACAUCAGCCUCGAGAUUGAAGGACCCCCGCACCGACACUCGGAGAACGCCCGGAGGUGGAUGGAGCAGUACUACAUCGGGCAAAUCGACAGAGACAGCACAGAUGAGGACACGGAGACUCUGAGACAGAGAAAGAAAAUGACAGAAAGUACCACAGAAGAAGAAGAAACUUCAGCCAUCAACAAAUGCAGCAAAGUUGAUGAAGAAACGGAUCUGGUAGACUGGCGUAAGCCUCUAGCUUGGCAAGUUGGAUACCUUGGAGAAAAAUACGACACUUGGGUCCAUCAGCCUGUGGACCGACCAAUCAGACUAUUUGAAAAUGACUUUUUUGAGGCCAACACAAAGACUUCAUGGUACAUGGUGCCAAUUGUGUGGAUGCCUUUAGUUAUUUAUCUGAGCUGGUACUGCUAUACAUUAUUGGCACAAGAGAGUACAAAGCUAUUCAUUACAUCAGAUUACGCCAUUCUGAUUCACAAGCACAGCUUUCCAUUUAUUUUCAUGCUUGGCAUGUUCCUGUGGUCUUUCGUUGAAUACUGCAUCCAUCGCUUUGUCUUCCAUAUGCGCCCACCCGCCCACAAUUAUUACCUCAUCACGCUGCACUUCCUGCUGCACGGUCAGCACCACAAGUCUCCAUUUGACGGCUCUCGUCUGGUGUUUCCUCCGAGCCUGGCCGGCAUCAUCGUCGUUUUUUUUUAUCUGAUCCUCACGCAGCUCUUUCCCGAGGGUCUGGGUACCUCCCUGUUCGUUGGGGGUCUGUGUGGAUAUGUGGUGUACGAUAUGAUCCACUACUACCUGCACUACGGUUCACCAAGCAAAGACUCCUACCUGUAUGGACUAAAAGCUUACCACGUCAAACACCACUUUGAACACCAACGGGCAGGCUUUGGGAUUACUACCACAUUCUGGGAUUACCCCUUCAACACAGUCAUCCCUGAGCAGACAUUUUAAAAGAGUACAUCUUUUGCCACAAUGACCAAACCAAUAGCCACAAAAAAACUCUCAUAAGUCUUUCCCUUUCCCAAUCCAUCUUUGUUAAUAGGUACAGUGUUUUACCCCACUGCUGCUACCAGCUAUAGCCUAAGUUCUUCAUCAUCACCAUAAUCAUCAAUUUUAUUUUAAGGGGGAGUGCUUGAAUCACCAUAUGUCAAGCUAUAUAAAUAUUUAUAAACUGUAUGAAUGUACUGAGAAAUCAACUGUUUUCCAAAUUAUGUCAGAUGAAACUGUUUUUUAUUAGAGGCACUAGAAUAACAAACUCACAGUUUUACCCAUCCAUGUAAUGAUAGGAAAGGCAAAGACAGAGACCGGUAAGUGUGGUGUGUGAAGGAGUGGACGGAUGAGAGAAUGUAACUGAAUCUUAGUUGUUGUGUUAAUAUGCUGAAGGGUGGCAGGAGGAGAAUUAGGACCUUGCGGCCCUUUCGGUGGCCAUGUGAGCCAUUGACUUUAAGGAAAACUCAAGAAAGACUCAGAUAAUUUAAUCGUCUCAGUGUUGAUGCUCCAACCGCUUAUGGACCAUUGGUUCCUCCAGCUCUCUGUCAAGCUUAGCUCCGCCCAUUAGUAAUGUCAUCAGUUCUGUUUCUCUUAUUACCAUUCUACAUAGGGCUGCAACUAUCUCUCAAUUAUUUCACCAAUUAAUCGGAUAAAAAGACAAAUUGUUAUGUAUUUUAAUUAAUAAUGAGUGUUCAUCUCCAAACAAUGUUCAAAGUGAAGGCUCUGAAAACAAAUAUAUAUGUGUGAUUGAUUGCUCUACAUUGUGCUAAACAUUGUUUUGUUAAAAAUUAUAUAAAAAAAAAAAAAGUUUGGAAGCAUAAAUAAUAAUUAAAUAAACAAUACAAAGACAAGGCAAGGUUUCCAAUGAAACGCAAUUCUGUAGAAAUAUUUCAUUAAGUUGUUGCAGCACUAGGGGGCCUUUCACAUGUGCUUUUGCGACCAUCUGCACUGUUUUGAAAUUGAUUUCUAUGUACAUGCAUAAUAUGGAUAUUUUUGACCACUGAAUGCCCCUUAAAUCCAUGUUUCAUUCUGCUUUUUUUGGUGUUGGUUAAUUUAAACCUAUAGGCUACGGUUGUCUUUAAUCUUGCACUUUAUUGUAGGCUACAUGGGGAAGCAAGUUUCAGUACUUGAUGGCUAGAUCACAAGCAUACUUUCCUUUCUCGUAUCAUUCACUUUGAGGUGUUUUUUUGCCAAUUGACUUGCUAAUAACAAUAUCCUGUACUGGGAAGUCUUAACCAGUGGUUCCUCUGGUAAUAUGUUACAUAUCCAGUGAGAUAUUAAAUUGCUGAGAAGCAAAGCUGGCUUUUGAUUCCCCUGACUAGCACCUGGAACUGUGUUAUCAUGAUUAUACACUAUUGAGGGCAUGAAGCGGGGUGUAUGGGCCUCUCCUGUCAGUGGGGGUUGCCAGUUGUCCGUAGCUGUCACAGGGUAGAGGGUCUGUAUAAACCCUCUGUUGUUGUCAUAGAUCUAGCCUGUGCGACCCCCCCAAUCUUGUGUGACGAUCUGUUGUAUCUGAACAGGCAUCAGGACAGGGCUUUCCUCGGCUGAUCUCUCAUCAGUUCAUAUGGCAGAUUUUUCAGAACUCCUGAAUCACUUGUCUCUGUUUUGAAACUUUAGUAUUUUCAGCACUAUUUCUAACCGCUGCCUCAGUCUUGACACUGGUUAAACUCACUACGUUGAUUUUGAAAUUCUGGGUAUUUUCCAGAAAGGUAAAAAGGGAGCUGUGGCCUCAUUUAGCUCUGCUUUAUUGGUUGUAUUCUAUAAUUUUGACAUAUUCCGAUAUGAGCAUAAUUAAUGUUACAUAUGUCAGUGAUGGUACAUUGAUUUUCUAGUUUAUUGUAUGAGAUUUUUGAGGCUACUGUAUACUUGUUUUUCCUUGAAAUUAUACUGUAUGUAUUUUGAUAUAUAGAUUGAGAUUAAAUAUAUCCUGAUGUGCCUUAUAGGGGCAUUCCCCACCUUUCUGCUAUUUCCUAACCAAUCACGUAAUCGGUUGGAUGUCUCAGCCAAAGACAUGGAAGGGGGUAUUAGGGUUUAACAUAGGGCCUUUCUUCCUACCAUGACUAAAUGGCAGAACGAAAUAAAAAAAUUGCAAUGGACAUAGAAAUUAUUUUUUGAUUAUUUUGUAACUGUGACACCCUCCUGAGCUUACAUGGAUAGAUCCCAUGGCAUAAGAGAAUGCUUUCAGUUAAGCAAGUGAAUAUUUAUCUGUUUACUUAAUAAAUGGAAGCUUUUAAUUUUGAUAAAGAAAAUCUUGCAGAUGCCUCUAAUAAAUCCCCAAAUCAGUUUACUACUAUGUAUUUUUAUGUUGGAAUUUAAAAUGUCUAUGCAAAUGCAACUGUAUUUGUAAAUAAACAUAUAUAUAUUUCUGAAAAAAAUCUUG